GAGAGAGCUAGUGGUUGCUAUAGCCAUGAGAGUCUGAGCAGAGCUUGGAGCCACAGAGAGAUAGUGAGAGGACUGCACUGGGAAAUAUCUGCCCAGGGAAUACAAUAAGUUUUCAGCUCAUUAAGUUGGAUAAACAAAUGGCUUACUGUAGGAGAUACUGGGAGUCAUACUGGAUAUCAUCAGCAAGACAUUAGAAAGAAGAUGAAUAAACGCAGAGGGGAGGUGGAGGAGUGUUAAUGGAACGCCAUGAAAUUCACUUGAAGAUAAAGGAGAUGGAUGUCGAGUAAGUCUUGUGGCAGAAACAGUAAGAAAAAUGGGCAAUGCCAUGAGAAGUAUUCUCGCCUUCAUUCCUUCUGAACGCUGCCAGCGCUUCUUAGUUGGGGACCUGAAGGAGAUGCCGCUAGAUCGGACCCUGGACCUGAGUAGCCGACAGCUGCGAAAGCUGCCUGUUGCUGCCUGUCUCUUCAAUGAGUUGGUGAAGCUUUACCUGAGUGACAACAACCUCAGCAGCUUACCGGCUGAAGUGCAGAGCCUGAGAAAGCUGCAGCUUCUGGCCCUCGAUUUUAACUGCUUCGAGGAGCUCCCACUAGCCAUAUGCAGGUUGCCCCAGCUUAGUAUUCUUUACUUGGGUAAUAACAGGCUUUAUCACCUCCCCGUAGAGCUGAGAGAGCUUAGGGAACUUAGCACUCUGUGGCUGGAGACUAAUUGCUUCACUGUUUUCCCUAAGGUUGUUUGUGAGCUCUCAAAUCUAAAGACCCUGCACCUCGGAUAUAACCAGAUACGGAGUUUACCCAAAGAAUUUGGACGGCUGCACGAGCUGCGAAGUAUUUGGCUUGCUGGGAACCAACUGCCAGAUUUCCCACCAGAGUUGCUUGAAAUGCACUCUCUGGCUGUUGUUGAUGUAGAUCGGAACAGAAUACGUCAUUUUCCUAGCCUUUGUCACAUGCAGGGGUUAAAACUUGUGAUCUAUGACCACAACCCCUGUGUUAAUGCCCCAGCAGUGGCUGAGGGAGUCAGAAGGGUUGGGCGCUGGGCUGAUAGCUCAGAUGACGAGCAGGAAGAUGAUGCUUCAAAAGCAGCAAGUGAGACUACAGCUGAGGUGGUCGAAGUCCAUUCUGAAGAGCAACAGAACAUUCAAGGUUAAGGACCAAAGUGACCUUCAGCUGUGGGGAGGCGGGAUUGACUGGCCAGGCUCGAGUGGCGUCCUGGAGCACUUAAAGCUGAGUGGCAUGACAAAUACUGUCAGGGUGAUGGUAUUUGGUCCAUAUAUGGUAAAGCCAAUCAUUUAAAAGGGAAAGUUCACCUCUGAAAUCAAAUCUACACACACACAAACACCCUAAACUGGCCUGCUGUGCUACUUGUCUAUCAGAUUGUUUGGUGAGAGUUGGCCAGUUUUAGAUAUACUAGUUAUGUUUGCAUUUACAUAUCUUAGAAUUAUGACUUUAUUUUGGAUCGAACUGUCCUUAUAAAGGCCAUAAAGUAAUGAAAUCCAAAAUGCAUAGUCUGUAAAAUGGGAUAUUUGAAUCACGACAUAAAAGCAAUAUUUAAAAGAACAAAAUAAAAAGACUGCAUGCCUUGAAAUGAUUCAUUUCAACACCGUAAACUUUUUAAUUGAUCUUUUUCCUCUGGAAUGUUGCAUGUAUUAUAUUGUUUGUGUAUUGCCAAGUUCACAUAGUAUGUUUGCAAGGCAAUGUGUCAAAACAGGCAUUAACAUUAUUCUAGUAAAUCAGCCAUGCAGCUGUUGCUGUCCAGUGAUCUGAGAAUUAGUUUCUACUUUUCUACUUUUAUAGUCAGUAUAAUUCACAGUUUAUGACUUCUGAUUUUACAAUGCAAAGAAUUAGAAAACAUUUUGUUCCAGCAGUGCAAGAUAGUAUCUGCACCUGCUGAGGAUUUUAAUACCAGAGAUGGAUGGUUUAAGUCAAUUAGUGCACUCUGUAUCCAGACCAAUGCAUAAUUCAUCGACUAGAUUGGAGCUGUGGCUUUGAAUAAAGACUGCUAAUGGGCCAUAAUGUCGUUGCUGUAAGGUUCUGGUUUGAAACAGAUCAUACAUGCAAUUUUGCAAUUCCCCUGUGUACCAGGAAAAUGUUCUGUAAACAAGCUUAAAAGUAAUUCCACGAUAUAUGAUCUGGGCAUUUGGAAACUUUCUAAACAAAAUGCAUAUAAAAAAAAAAAAGAUUGAAAGGGCUUGAAAUUGUUUUUUCUUCUGGAAAUGUGAUUAUUUACGACUGAUUUUCUGUGCUUCCAGCUUUCAUAGAUCUUUAUAUUAUUCUAUAAUAUGUAUUUGAUUUUUUAAAUAUAUGAAUGCAUAAUAUUUUAUCUAAAUGUAUACUUAUAUUACGUUAUAGUAUUUAUUAUGAUUUCAGGCAAUCUUUUACAUUUGUAUGGUCCUAUUAUAAACUACAUAUAUAUCAAUCUGAUUUUGUUAUGUUUUAUGUGCUUAACAUUAUGUUUUAAUGUAACAAUGGAAUAAACUUAUUUAAUCUUAUAUUAAACACAACACCUAUUUUUUUUUUUAAAUCAGUAUAGUUAAAUUUGAAGGUUUGUGAAUGUAUAAACAUCUUUAUGUUUAGUCAUUCAAAAGCAUUCACCAGAGUUUUGGUACGUUUUUACCUUUAUAACAAAAUCAGACGUCAUGUGAAGUUGCAGGAUUUUUUUUCAAACCAACAGCUGUAAUGUUAUUUAAUCUAUGCUUAAGUGUGACACAUACCUAUAUAUAGAUUUCAUGCUUAAUACAAGCCAACAGCAUCAAUGUUAACCCUUUAAGUAUCUGUAGAUCACAACUUAUUACAAACCAUUUGAGUUUGCAUUGCUGCUCUCUCUGCACCUUAACAACUGUGUUAAGUCGCAUAGAUUCAACAAGAUGCUGGAAACAUUCCUCUGAGCUUUUGUUCUAUGCUGACAUGAUAGCAUCACAUGAUAAAGUCUCCUGUAGCGCCACAUGUCAAAGGUGCUAUGGGAUUGAGAUCUGAUAAGUGUGUAAUUCACUGUCAUUUUGAAGAAACGAGUUUGGGCUUUGUGACAUGGCACGCUACCCUGUUGGAACUAGCCAUCAGAAGUUGCUUAGAAUUUCCAGUAAAUUAUCUGUACAAGAGAUUGGAACAAAAAGAAGUAAACAUAUUUUUGUUUAAAAUGUUAAAAACCUAGUAUUCGGGACAUGUUUACUGGAGAUACAAGUUAACUUCUCUUGUCGAUGAUUUUACAUUUCUCAAAUGUAUAUGUAAUGUAAAUUUGUUAUUAAGUAAUUUACUGUAAGACUGCAAGACAGUCAUCAGAUUUCUCUAUAGGAAUUAAAAAUUCAGUUGGUAGCUAGAGUUGCUUUAUUAUGGUGACAAUAAAGAAGUUAACUGUG